CAAACGGCCGCCGGGCCCACGUGACCGCCGGGCGGCCAACCGGGUUUGAACCUGGGCUGUUCACCCGCCCCUUCCCCUCCCCGCGGCGCCUCCGCCAUCAGAUCGAUCUAAGAUGGCGACGGUGGAACCGGAAACCACUCCCAACCCUCAGCCUUCAGAAGAGGAGAAAACUGAGCCAGCACCAAGUCAGGAGGUUGCCAGCCCCGAACAGUAUAUUAAGCAUCCACUACAAAACAGAUGGGCACUCUGGUUUUUUAAAAAUGACAAGAGCAAAACUUGGCAAGCAAAUCUUCGUCUUAUCUCAAAGUUUGAUACUGUUGAAGACUUUUGGGCUUUAUACAACCAUAUCCAGCUCUCUAGUAAUUUAAUGCCUGGUUGUGACUACUCGCUCUUUAAGGAUGGGAUUGAACCCAUGUGGGAAGAUGAAAAAAACAAGCGAGGAGGACGAUGGCUAAUUACACUAAACAAACAGCAGAGACGAAGUGACCUUGAUCGCUUCUGGCUAGAGACACUGCUGUGCCUUAUUGGGGAGUCGUUUGAUGACUACAGUGAUGAUGUAUGCGGUGCUGUUGUUAAUGUUAGAACUAAGGGUGAUAAAAUAGCAAUAUGGACAACUGAAUGUGAAAACAGGGAUGCUGUUACGCAUAUAGGGAGAGUAUACAAGGAAAGAUUAGGACUUCCUCCAAAGAUAGUGAUUGGUUAUCAGUCCCAUGCAGACACAGCUACUAAGAGCGGCUCCACCACUAAAAAUAGGUUUGUUGUUUAAGAAGACACCUUCUGAGUAUUCUUUCAUAGGAGACUGCGUCAAGCAAUCGAGAUUUGGGAGCUGAACCAAAGCCUCUUCAAAAGCAGAGUGGACUACAUUUAAAUUUGAUUUCCAUCUAAGUGUUGCUAAGAUUUGUGAGAAGUCUCAUUCGCCUUUGUCUUGUACUUCUGUGUUCAAUUUUUUCUAUUUUGGCUGAAGUAACCAUUACCAAUCAGAAUUUUAGUACACUUCACCCCCUGAAUCCAUAAAUGUUUUCCUGGCCCACUCUGUAAUAGCUUGGUAGAAACAUUACUAUUACAAAAAGAAAAUUGUUUAUCCACAGUAUUCAGAAAAGUUGCAUUUCUGUACCUGCAGGAAAUUACUCUGUUUUACAUUUGCAUUGUAUGCAGUAACAUUUUGCUGGUUUGGAAAAGAGUAUGGUGCAUACAGUUUUCUAGCAAUUUUUUUGUACAGCAUCAUCUUUGCUGUAACCUGUGCUGAUGGCUGCUAGAUUAAUUUAUUUGUUUUCCCUAUUUGAUAACAUUAGUGAUAUUUUGAUUUCAGUUGUUUUUGCUCAUGUAACAUUUGGUGAAGAAUCUGGGAAUAUGACAAAGGUGGAAUAAACAUUAAUUUUGUGCAUUCUUUGGUAAUUUUUUGGUUUUUUUGUAACAUCAAAGCUUUGCUACAAAUUUAUGCAUUUCAGUCAAAUCAGUGAUCUGUUCGUGUGAUUUCCUGAACGUAAUUGUGGAUUUUUUUUUUAAUGUAACACCAUAAUUUACAUUCCUUACUAGAAAUAGUAUGUCUGUUUUUGUAUCUUAUGCUGUAUUUUAACACUUUGUAUUACUUAGGUUAUUUUGCUUUGGUUAAAAUGGCUCAAGUAGAAAAGCGGUCCCAUUCAUAUUAAGACAGUGUACAAAACUGUAAAUAAAAUGUGUACAGUGAAUUGUCUUUUAGACAACUAGAUUUGUCCUUUUAUUUCUCCAUCUAUACAGCAAGUAUUUGUACCUCUUGUGACAAGGCAGUCUCUACUGUGGCUUCUGUUGUAGUGUCUUCCAAGAAAGGUAAAGUCUGGAGCUAUAGUCUGUUGAAACUUUUAAUAAAUCUACUAGCACCGUAUAUCAAAGUGAAAUUAUAUUGAUGUGGCUACUGUUUUUUCUUAGUGGUUGGUUUAACUGAUCAUGGUUUGUGUUGCUUCUAUUUUGACAUGGGUUUGUGCCAACCAGGGAAUUCGAGGGUAUAUAGGAAGCCAUCUAGUUUCAGGUAGGAGCUACACUAAGAGCGCUUAACUUUAAGUAUACAAUUCCUAUAUGAAGUACAAGUAAAGCGCACUAGAGACAUGGCUACAGUCUAAAAGUAUAUGAGGAACUAGAUAGUCUGCUAUUAUGUAUGUUUUACAAUGAAAUUAAACUCUCAUUGGCUUGAAAGUUGCUAUGGGAGCUGUGAGUUUGCUUGACUUGUAGGAUUGGGGGAAACUUUCAGAGGCCAUUGAGUUAACUUCUUGUCUUGAGCAAAAUGUGAGAGGCUUUUUUUUCCCCACUCUUUAAAAGCAGAGCUUGCAGUAAAAUCAAUGCUUUAUUACUAAUUUCUUACUUUUUUUAGUGUGACGUACCUUAAGGUCUUGCCAAGGCUACGUAGCCUUUCUUCAGUUAAAUUUAAAGGCAGAUACUUAUUGGGGUUUUGAUCUUUGUGAUAACUCCUUAAAGGAAGUUUAGUCACUGUGGCAGUAAAGCUUCAGUUGAAUCAGGCUUUUAGAUCUGCCCGAUUAAGGCACUGAGGUGUUUCUGUGUGCUAAGAUAGACUUGAACACUCUUGCACAUUUUAUAAGAAAUGUAUGUCGUAAAUAGUGUAUCAGACUAUACCAGAAAGGUAUUACAUUAACUUCUGGAUCGUUAUGUCUGUUUAAUAGAAACACUUAUAGUUGGCAUCUAUAUGUAAUGAUACUAUCUAUGCCUUCAGUAUUGGUCAUUGAUCAGGACGUGUGCUGGAUGUGGAGAGAGCUAUGAGGCUGCUCGUAUGCUGGUUUCUGUGGAUUCUGGUGUAACUGGUUGCCUGCCCUGAUUCUGCAGGCAUGCAGAGCAAGCUGGGUUUGUUUAACAGGACUGUUCAUACUAGAAUAGAUCAAUCCCUGCCUGUUUUCCAGCUUACUGCUUCAGCUAAUCACCAUUGCAAUUAAAGUAAGCUUUUUGAACUAAAUUUCUCUAUUAUUCUGUACCAUCAGCCUUAAGCUCAGUGGUGUUUAUAAAGGCCUUGGUACUUCUGAAUAAACCAGUAAUGCUUGCAUGUGUGGAAAGGUGAAGGUGAAUCAGUUUCCUGAAGUGGUAACGUUACACAGUGUGUAUGUAAUUUGGGAGCACUGAGGCAAGGCUCACUAAAAUGAGUAGAAUUCAGAAACAUAGGUAGUGCUGCCCUUUUUGUGAAGAGUGUUGAGAUUAAACUGAGUGUUGUUGUGAGAGGUAUAUACUAUUGGUUUUGUUUAAUUUCACUACAAAACUGACUGGAGUAGCGUUCAGGAUAGCAGCGUGUUCAUUUAGAAAAGUGACUGAUGGUUUUUUCUGUAUGGUCUCAGGUUUUUGAGCCUGAGCCUAUUUAAGCAGCCAGCUGACUUGCACUAUAAUAUGAAAGCUUCAAGUAGGUUGAUUCGAGGCUCUUCACAGCUCAAACAACAAUUGCUAUGUGUCUGGAAGACUUGUGAGAAAAUUAAAUUAUAUACUUGCUUUAUCAAAUAUCUAACCUAUGCCUUUAAUUCAUUGCUAGGAGCAGCAAGUGACCAUGAACCUAGUUUUCUCCAGCUUGCAAACCACUUUGUGCUACACACUGAUGUUCUUCUGAUUAUAAUGGUGUAGCUUGUGUUCUUAUGCUGUGGGCAAAAGCUGCGAGCUCUCCGUUCUGCGUAUUAAUAAAACAGCCACAGGCUCAUAAAAGGAAAAAGCAGUAAAUGUUUAAAUUUAAGUAUCUGGUUUUGGUACAAAGUAUUCAGCAUAGUUUUAUUUCCAGCUAAAUGGGUAGCCAUUGUCAAUGUGUAGUUUUAGUAAGGCUGAGAAGACUAAAGAGUAAAUAUCUGAAGCGUCUCUUCAGAAGUGGCUUUAUAUAGUACAAAACCAGCAGAGCUAAGAAAGAAAGCAGAAGCUUGCUGCGUUCAAAGAGGUGUGAGAAUGUGCCAAAAUACAGUCUGGGAAGAAGGGGUAGCAGAUGAGGAAUAUUUGUGAAUAUGGUGAAUCAACAGCUUCUGGGUGUACUGUAAGUCUCAGGCUAUGCAAAGCUUUUAAUUGUGACUAUGUCCUGUUGCACUGUUGUUUCAGGCUGUCUCUAGCUCAGGAAACUUAAUGUUACCUGAAAUCUGGGAGCUUGGAAUAGUAGCUUUUAGCAAAGCUUGGACUGAGCUUAAAACUUUCAUUCUACCUAAUGGACUCUUCCUAAAAAAAUGCUGGGAAAAAAUAUUCUGGAUUCCAUGGGAUGCUUACUAAAAGCAAAAAAAAAAAAAAAAAACAUUGCAUUUCAGCUUAGUAGUGACAUGGUUCUUUCCUUUGAUAUGUGUGACCUCCCUUGUUUCCAAGAAGCUUUACUUCUGAGUCUGGGCCUGGUGGUUUUAAAACUAGGUUUUAAGAACAUCCUGGCACUGAAUUACUAAACCAAAUAGUUGAGCCUAAUAGUUAAACCCACAGAGCUUUCAGACUGCCUAACGCUUUUAGAUUACUUUGUCCUCUUAACAGUCAGUGGUUUCUGCAAACUUUUUUUGUGAGUAGGUUUUAGUUAGGUCUUACAAUAAAUUUUAAUGAAGAAUUUGUGCCUUUUCAUAUUGGACAAGAAACAUACAAAUGACAAUGACGUCUCCAGUAAGGAUAUUGUUUAUCCCUUUUUCACUUCAUACCUGUCUAUCCAAACUAGACUUGGAGAUCGGGAUUGCAGAGCGCAUUAGGGAGCAGUGUGGAACAAGUCCCAUUCCUGGCUAUCGAAUGCACCUGCUGGACUUCUCCAUCACUAUUUUAAAGCUCCAGAAGCUGUUAAAUCUUGAAGACUUUCCAUUUUGAUCUUUGUAGGACACUUGUCACUAUAGCUGCUUGAACAGACUUUCUGCCUUAUAGCUCUUAAAGUUUUGUAUUCCACCAGAAUUUGUUUUCAGGCGUCCAGCUCUAGCAGUGCAGCAAAGCCUUUAAUAAGCACUUAAAUUCUUUCCCCAGUGAUUAAAACCCAUGAUCACUUCUGCUUAUGCCUGGUGACUGCCUGGCUCUUUCCCAAAAGACUAUGGGAUGCCCUGCUAGCCUUCUGAUUUUUAAAUAAAGCAGGUUCUGAUGUGUAGAGCUAAACAUGAAUUGUGGCUGAGCACAUGAUGAUUGUUAUGCUUCCUAGCAUUGACUUGUUUUGUGUGAUGCCUUAAAUGUAAAAACAUCCUAGCUGAAGCUGAAGUCAGUCUGUUGGUAUCAGUUUGCCUGCUAACCAAACAUAACUUUUUUUUUUUUCGUUCCUUGCUAGUACUGACCACGUGACAAGUUUAGCUGUGAAUUUGUGGGGUUUAUGACUGGCUGUGCUUUUCCCAUCUCCAUUUUUCUAAAUCCUCAUACUUUUCAAGCCUUACUAAAAAGUGUUUAAUAAAGAGAAAAACUACACUGCUUUUUUGGUCACUGAUGCCAUGGAGAAUUCCAGGUGUUGCUAAACCCAGAUAAUGACUGUGUGUGACUUCUUUGGCAUAAUUUGCUUGUGGGAUUUUCACUUUUUUUAUCUCUAGCCAUGUAAGUAUGAUGAUAGUGAAAAUGAUACUUGAAAGUAUGUGUGUGAAUAUAUCAUAUAUAAAGCAAAAAUGACUCAUCUAUUUUUUCUAUUUUUUUUCAAAGUAGAAAACAACUGUUUUGUUAUUUCUAAAAGGUUUCUUUGGAUGACUUCCUGUAACGAAUGAUUGGAUUUUGCUUACGAUAGAUAGUUUGGAUCUUUUUUUUUCCUUAUGUUGUGCCUAUUAAUGUUAUUGAGGAAAUGGAGCCAACCGCAUAGGUAAGGUUUGGCAUACUUUGAAGUAAAGCUAGUUUUUGAGCCUUAUCUUCCUCUGUAUGUACAGGGUAGUUAUCCUAGUGCAUCUCACCCUGAGCCAUACAAAUACGCAGAAAGUAUGAUGGGAAAUUGGAAGGUACUACUUUAUUUCUGUAGCUUGAAUGAAAAUAAAGCUUCUGAGGAACUGAA